GUUUGAUGCAUGUGAAAUAUUGAAAACGAUAUUAUCAUGGUUUAGCUAGAUGAGGAAGAAGUCUAUUUGAAAUUGUUAUGGUAAGAAAAAAUUUGAGAAAUGAAAUGUACCAUAUAUCUUUGUUUUCUUUUUGUUCUUAUAUUUGUCUGUAUUUGUAAUUUCGUAUCAGUUGACAAAGUCAAUAUUAAUUUGAAGAAAAAAAAGAUCUUGUUUUAGGAUGUAUGCAUAUGAUCACCCAAGUUAAAUAUGUACUUAGAAGAAAAAAGAAUUGAGUUUUAUAUAUCAGCUAAUUAGAAUUAAAAAGAGCUAGCUAGAUUUAACGUGUUCAUAUUUCUCUAGUCUUCAUAUUCAAAGAUCAAAACUUUGACAAAGCAACCAGUUUGAAUUCAACCUUAACGGCUUAACCCCUUGUUCCACGCACGUCUCUUCCUCUUCACCAACCAGGAACCUCUCUCCCUCUCUCCUUCUCUCUAGCUUGUUUGUUUCUUCUCUGCUGUAGCUCAACAGCUUAGCUUCAUCUCCAUCCCCAGUUACGGAGCUAUGGGAUUAAAGCAUAGAAAGCUGAUUGCUGAUGAUAUUUGCGAACCCUGCAAAGAUCCAGAUAGUUCGAAUAGGUGUCCAACUUAUUGUAAAAUAAUGACUAAAAUCCAUAAAUCAUCCAAUACCUUCACAGUCGUCGGAUCGUCGUUGGCUGCAGUCGCUUUGCUUGUCAUUUGUGGCUAUUUUAUCUAUGUAAAGUACUACAGAAACAGAAGAAGAUCAUCACAACCACAACCACAAGCUCACCAGGAAGAGGAGACUCUUCAUCGUCAUGAUCAUCAGGCUGAGUUGUUUAUUGACGAAGAGCAUGGACCUGUGGUUGACCACCCCAUAUGGUACAUCCGCACCGUCGGCCUCGAGCAAUCGCUUAUCAGCUCCAUCAGCGUGUGCCAGUACAAGAAAGGAGAUGGCCUUGUCGAAGGGACGGAGUGCGCUGUGUGCUUGAGUGAGUUCCAAGAAGAUGAGACUCUGAGACUUUUGCCAAAGUGUGAUCAUGCUUUUCAUAUUCCCUGUAUUGAUACUUGGCUCACAUCUCAUAAAAACUGCCCCUUGUGCCGAGCCCCUAUUAUCAAAACCGGCGCAACAGUUGUGGCGCCACCGGAGACAACUGUUGCAACUGAUACAAGUGAGCCUGCAGAGGAAGAAAUUCCUGUCGAAAUGCUAGAAAAUACUGGUAUUGGUACUGGAGGAGUUGAAGAUGAAAUAUGUGAUGGGAUUAUUAGGAGUACUGAGUCGAGGGAAGAUGAUAUCAUGAACAAACAAAUCUGUAUUAAUGAGGAGGAGGUGGAUGAUGGUGUGGAGGAGGAGUCAAGGAGAAGAUCGGUUUCCAUGGAUUCUGCAUCAGCUUUGAAGAUCAGUCUUGCGGUUUCUAAUGUUGUUGCAGUGGAUAAAUCAAACAAGGGGAAUGCAAUUGUUGCCAAGAGAGUUGAGAGAGAUCAGAAACUGUCAAGACAGAAAGGUAGUUCUUCAAAAGGGUCAUCUUUACGUAUUGGAAAACAAACAAUUCAGAAGUCGUCUUCCUGGAAUGGCAAGUUCUCAUUAUGCACGGACAUCCACAACUGUGACUCCGUUGUUCCUCUACGAAGCUUUUGAGUUUGUUUCACUUGCCUUUUGGUUCUCCUCCAUGGUGAGCAUCUCUGUAAGAACUUGAUGAGAUUGUCUCGGAGCUCUCAGCAGUCAGCUGCACAAAGUCAGUUUAUACUUGUAGUGAAAGUGUGAAACUACAUACUUCACUUCAAGGCUUGUUUAAUUUGUAUCCAAAUUAGGCAAAUUGAGGCCACCCUAAAAUGGGAUGGAGCUCAAUCAUACAUGAUCAUAUAUACUUUGCGGUUCUUGUACACACUGUAUUGGAGUAAAUUAAGCCGAAUGAUCCUACUGUUUUUUCUCCUUUUUAUCA